AUGGCUGACGAGGGGACAAAGAAGCGAACGUUCCGCAAGUACCAGUUCAGGGGUGUGGACCUCGACCAGCUGCUGGACAUGUCCACCGAUGAGCUGGUGGAGCUCUUUGCCGCCCGCCAGCGCCGCAGGUUCCAGCGCGGCCUCAAGCGCAAGGCUCUGGCGCUGAUCAAGAAGCUGCGCAAGGCCAAGAAGGAGGCGCCCCCUGGCGAGAAGCCCGAUGCGGUGCGCACCCACCUGCGCAACAUGAUCAUCAUUCCUGAGAUGAUUGGCUCCGUGGUGGGCGUGUACAACGGCAAGACCUUCAACCAGGUUGAGGUCAAGCCCGACAUGAUUGGUCACUACCUGGCUGAGUUCUCCAUCUCUUAUAAGCCAGUGGGCCACGGCCGCCCCGGCAUCGGCUCCACCAACAGCUCCCGCUUCAUCCCCCUGAAGUGA